AUGGAAGCUGAUUAUGGCAUAUCAUACACAUAUAAUGGACGAGCAUUAAAGAAAAUAGUCAAACACAGUUUUCUUAUAAAAUUUCCAAAUCGAUUCAACUUCCAAAAUUCUAAACUUCACUUCGUUUCACUCCGUUUCGUUCAACUAUUUAUUGAUUACCAGUUUUUAAUGGAGCAGGUGACAAAUGAUGGACAUUCCUUAGACGAUGUCCUUCAAUCUGCUGAUGAUUCCGAGCUUCAAAAAAUGUCUCUACCACCACGCUAUCGUUUUCGAGAUCUUUUGCUCGGAGAUUUUGCUUUUACUGAUGAUGGCCAAAGCAUGUCAAAAAUUUAUAAACAUCAGAAUGUUAUUGAGUUAACAAUUGCUAAUCUUGAUGAUACAUUAACAAUGUUUAUAAAAAACUUUAAACAAAUCGCUGAAAAAAAGUUGAAAACGAUAUUACAAACGUUGCCAGUAUAG